CCUCCAAAAUUUGCCUUGCCGAGCCAUGAAUACCAUCUUCUUCAUUCUCUCAUGGCCAUUCCUCUCUCCCUCUCACUCUCUCGUCUAUCUCCUCAUCCCCCGAACCCUAAACCCUCAAUCCCCCAAACCCUUUCUCUUUUCGCUGCAAACCCUACUCAUACCGCUCUCCCCAUCGGCACCAGGAGACAAUUGAUUCAUAAAUUCACUUCGCUCUUCCUCCUCUCCUUUGCCCCGCUGCAAAUCCCACUUGCCCAUUCUUCGGCUUCGGCGAAACCCUUGCUUUCCGGAAUCGUCAACACCAAAUCUUGGUUCCAGUUCUUUGGCAAUGGAUUCUCCAUUAGGAUUCCCCCUGACUUUCAGGACGUUAUGGAGCCUGAGGAUUUCAAUGAGGGAUUGUCUCUUUAUGGAGAUAAGGUAAAGCCGAAGACCUUUGCGGCUCGGUUUGCAUCUUCUGAUGGAUCUGAAGUUGUUAGUGUCAUAAUUCGCUCGACCAAUCAACUCAAGAUCACCUUUUUAGAGGCCCAAGACAUAACAGAUUUAGGUUCCUUGAAACAAGCAGCAAGAAUCUUUGUUCCAGGUGGAUCAACUUUGUAUUCCGCUCGAACAAUAAAAAUAAAGGAAGAUGAAGGCUUCAGAACUUAUUACUUCUAUGAAUUUGGCCGAUACGACCAGCAUGUGGCACUGUAUGCUGCUGUUAACAGUGGAAAGGCAAUUAUAGCUGGAGCAACUGCCCCAGAGUCCAAGUGGGAUGAAGAUGGCGUGAAGCUUCGUUCUGCUGCUAUAUCGAUGACAGCAGUAUAGUUGUGCCACCAGAUUGUUUACAGAUUCUUCGUAGUUGGAAGCUGCAGUCUAGAUGAUACAAACAAUUUUUGUACUCUAUUAUUGGAGCAAACUAUGUGACCAGAAGAUUAUUGAUGGUCAUAUGGGCAUCUCUAGCGUAGUAAUUGUAAUUUUAGUUUGCCGUCUUAAGAUGGCUGAAACGCAGCAUAGAGCUUGUGUAGCUAAGUUGAUAUUGGAUUCAAAAUUCUUUUGAGAACUUAUUUUUUUGGGGGUCAUUUUUAGGAUGUACGAAGGCCAUGCCCAGAAUUCAUUAAGUUUUGGUAUAACUGAAAUGAUUUCCAGUUUUCACAAAA